AUGACUAAUAAUACGAUUGAUAUAGAAAGCAGUGCAGAUUGUGGCAUCAAUGGUGGAGACUGGAAGUUCUGUCCCAAUUCAAAGCAAACAUUUAGGAUAUGUCUUAACUUAAAGACAUUAAUUGAUAAAGUAAUUCCAAUUGUUUUCAAAGAAAUAGAUGUAAUUGGCGAAAAUUCGCCAAUAAUUAACAAGAAUGUCAUAGAUUUGGUCUACACAGCAGCAGGUGGGAAGGGCGAUGGAAAGCCAGGUACAUCUUCAUAUAAGUAUAGAGCUUCACUUGUAUUUUGCUUGCUUAAAGUGUGCGAUUGGUACUGGCAACAGGCUGAAUAUGAGUUGGCCAAUAAUGACUUAUACUCUUUAAGAGCUACGACAGCACAACACUUAGCUGCACUUAUAAUAGGAAACACAACUGAUGAUGAGUAUUUGUUCUUAGGGAUGUUGUGUCACAGAUACACUAUCAGGCUUAGUGGAGAGGACUCAGAUCCAGCAAACGCACUAGAACUUGCAGUGGACAUGCAUUCUACCACAAUAAUUGGAUCAUCGGGGUAUCAGAGAUGUAUCAAGUGGAUGUGGAGAGGAUGGAUUACUCAGUCUUCAACUGAUCCUCACUCUUACGUGUUGUACAAAGGAGUCUCUUCCAGUUCAAUCAAAACUCAUUUCGAUCCCUCGAGGAUUAAAACUCCAUUUUAUCAAAGUUGUUUAGAAAUUUUUUUCAGCAUUGUUUACUUGAUUCUCUUUACAAUCAUAGUUAACUCACAUGCGGAAGAAACUACUGGACUAGAUCCUUUCGAGGUCAUAUUUUACUUGUUUACUCUUGGUUCAGUCUGUGACGAAGUUAUUAAGUUCUAUCAUGUUGGAUAUAACUAUUUGGGAUUUUGGAAUGUUUUCAACGAUCUAAUGUAUACCCUCAUAACAAUAUCAGUUAUCUUCAGGUUUACAAGUCUCAACAACAUGGGUCAAAAAAGAGAAUCUUACGAUGAAAUUUCGUUUAGAAUUUUAUCAUGCGCCUCUCCAUUCAUGUGGACCAGAUUGCUCUUAUACUUGGAUGCAGAGAAAUUCGUCGGAGUGAUGAUUGUUGUUGUGAAGACAAUGAUGAAGGAAUCGAUUAUUUUCUUCGUCUUAUUGUUUGUUGUCAUUAUUGGCUUUUUACAAGGUUUUUUGGGAUUGGAUGCUUCUGAUGGGAAGAAUGAGGCCACAAAACGCAUCUUGAUUUCUUUGAUCAAAUCUGUUGUGGGUGGAUCAGAUUUUGGAGUCGUUGCGAAGCUCGUACCUCCGUAUGCCUCAGUUUUGUAUUACAUCUACUCAUUCCUUUUGACGGUCAUCCUUAUGAACAUAUUGAUUGCUUUGUACUCUACCGCUUACGCUGCUAUAGUGGAAAAUGCUACAGAUGAAUACUUUGCAUUAGUGGCACAGAAGACUUUGCGCUAUAUUAGAGCUCCAGAUCAAGAUCUAUAUGUUCCACCGUUUAACCUUAUUGAAAUGGCAAUUUACCCUUUCUCUUACAUCUUCUCAAGAAAUGUGUUUAAAACAUUGAACCGCUGCACUAUGAUGAUAAUUUAUUCACCUUUACUCAUAUAUAUUACAGCCUAUGAAUUGACUAUCGCUAGACGCAUCCAGUACAACAGGUUUAAGGGACUACCAGAUGAUGCCAAUGAGCUCGAUACCGAAUGGGAUUUGACAGACGGCUACCCUAGCGACAUCACAUUGGAAGGAGAAGGAGUUCACGAUCAUGAUACUGAGGUUUCCCGAGUUCUCGCAGAUCAACGAGCUGGAGAGAUGGAAGAUCCAGAAUUCAGAAUUGAUUUGAAAAAGUUUGAUCGAGACAUCGAAAGGAUAGUCAAGCCUGUCGAAAAGGCAAGCAAAGCAGGCAUUAAAUGGGAAUACUAUGAGAUAUAUGCAAAGUUGGAUCAGCUUACUGCCCUUUUAGAAUCCGUUGUUAAUGAAAAUAAGGAACUCAAGAGUGAAAUUAGAGAGCUAAAGAAAUAG